AUGACUACCAGUGCGCCUUCUUCGUCGAAAAGCGAUAAAACUGUUCCGUCCCAUAUGAAGAAGUCAAAUCUCUUUUAUCGUAGAAUUUAUAAAACAACAAUUCAAGCUCUCGGACAAGACUAUGCUAAAGGAAAUUCAUCCACAAGUCACACAAAGGACGCGGGUGAUUUCGCUCCUGAAGGUGUGGAUGCCUUCUAUGUGUUUGAUAAUGAACAAGAAGCAUUAGAUUGGGGUCGCUGUCAUACAGAAGGCACAGCCAUUAAAACAUACGUUAUAGGCACCCAUGUUGCCUCUCUUUUAGGAAUUGCGUCGCAGUUGCGCGCAUUUGCGACGCAGCUACCGCAUUUACCUCGAUUGCUUAUUGGAUGA